GAGAGAAGAUAGCUACAGAAAUGGCGGGGUGGCAUUUUCUUAUUGGAAAAAGAAAGUAGAAAAAAAGUGCCUGUACAGACUAAAGUCACUCGACUUGUUGCAGUUGCUUUCUUUCUUCUUCUCUUCUUCCCUUAUCCCUCCCACGUUCGUAGUUUCCAACUCUCUGUCAUAACUUAAUAUUUUGCUGCAGUUUCUAUCCUUCCUUUUCUUUUUCUUGCUGGACUGUUCUGUGCAGAUACAUAUACGUGUUUGUAAAGCAAUCAGUUUAAGAAAAUGAAGUCCUGGGGUUGAUGAUCAUGCAGAAUUCUUGAAGUGUUUUUUUGGUUCUUUAUGUGGGUUGGAUUUCUUGGAAAAGUCAAGAAGGUAAAAGAGAGUGAGAUCUUUGGCUUGAUGAUCAUCAAGUAGACUUGCUGAGGUUCUCGGUUCUUUCUGUUAAUAAAGUGGUAAGCAAAGACAUUUUAAGUUGAUCUUUACUACGCAUCAGAGAUGUCAAAUAGAAGGGGGUCUGAUCAGCAACCACCGCAGAAGCGGAUUCUGCGGACUCAGACUGCUGGUAAUCUAGGAGAGUCCAUGUUGGAUAGUGAGGUGGUGCCUUCUUCUCUGGUUGAGAUUGCUCCAAUUCUCCGUGUUGCUAAUCAAGUUGAGGGAAGCAACCCUAGAGUUGCUUAUCUCUGUCGGUUCUAUGCCUUUGAGAAAGCUCACAGACUAGAUCCCACAUCUAGUGGGCGUGGUGUUCGGCAGUUUAAAACUGCACUUCUACAACGUUUGGAAAGGGAAAAUGACACCACCAUGCAAGGAAAAACGAUAAGUGAUGCUCGAGAAAUGCAGAGAUUUUAUCUAGAUUACUAUCAGAAGUAUAUACAAGCCUUACGAGAUGCCGCUGAUAAAGCUGAUCGUGCCCAACUUACAAAAGCUUAUCAAACUGCUGCUGUCCUAUUUGAGGUUUUGAGGGCUGUCAACACGACAGAGGCUGUGAAAGUAGAUGAUGAGGUUUUGGAAGCUCAGACUGAAGUUGAAGAAAAGAACCGAAUUUAUGUACCCUAUAAUAUUCUUCCUCUUGAUCCUGAAAGUGAACAUCAAGUUAUCAUGAGAUAUCCUGAGAUUAAAGCUACUGUUAUUGCACUUCGAAACACCAGGGGUCUUCCAUGGCCAAAGGGGCACAAGAAGAGAGUAAAUGAAGACAUUUUAGAUUGGCUUCAGGCUAUGUUUGGCUUUCAGAAAGAUAAUGUGGAAAAUCAAAGGGAGCACUUGAUUCUGUUGCUUGCGAAUGUGCAUAUACGGCAAUUUCCAAAGCCUGAUCAGCAACCCAAGUUGGAUGACAUGGCCGUGACAGAUAUUAUGAAGAAACUGUUUAAGAACUACAAAAAAUGGUGCAAGUAUUUAGGACGCAAAAGUAGCCUUUGGCUGCCGACUAUUCAACAAGAAGUGCUACAGAGAAAACUACUCUAUAUGGGUCUGUAUCUUCUUAUAUGGGGAGAAGCAGCAAACUUGAGAUUCAUGCCAGAAUGCCUUUGCUAUAUAUAUCAUCAUAUGGCAUUUGAACUGUAUGGAAUGUUGGCUGGGAGUGUCAGUCCAAUGACGGGUGAGCAUAUAAAGCCAGCCUAUGGUGGUGAAAAUGAGGCUUUUCUAAGGAAAGUAGUAAAACCUAUAUAUGACACGAUAGCAAGGGAAGCAAAAAUGAGCAAAGAUGGAAGUUCAAAGCAUUCUCAAUGGAGAAACUAUGAUGAUUUGAAUGAAUACUUUUGGUCAGCUGAUUGUUUCCGAUUAGGAUGGCCUAUGCGUGCUGAUGCUGAUUUUUUUUGCCCCUCUGCAUUGGGGCUUCGAGCUGAAAAAGAUGAGGUUAAGAAACCAGUUACAGGGGAUCGAUGGAUUGGAAAAGUUAAUUUUGUUGAAAUAAGAUCAUUUUGGCAUAUUUUCAGAAGUUUUGAUAGAAUGUGGAGCUUCUUUAUUCUGUGUUUACAGGCGAUGAUCAUCAUUGCUUGGAAUGGAUCAGGAAAGUUGAGUUCUAUAUUUGAGGGUGACGUUUUCAAGAAAGUUUUGAGCAUCUUCAUCACUUCUACGAUACUAAAUUUUGGACAAGCUGUCAUUGAUAUCAUUCUGAUGUGGAAGGCAAGGAAGACUAUGCCAUUUUACGUGAAAAUAAGAUAUGUUUUAAAGGUUCUUUCAGCUGCAGCAUGGGUCAUAAUUCUACCGGUAACUUAUGCGUAUAGUUGGAAAAAUCCUCCUGGACUUGGACAGACCAUUAAGAAAUGGUUUGGCAGUAGUCCAAGUUCGCCUUCUUUGUUCAUCAUGGCUAUCCUAAUUUACUUGUCUCCAAAUAUCCUCUCUGUGUUAUUGUUUGUGUUCCCAUUAAUUCGGAGGGUUCUUGAACGUUCAAACAAUAAGAUUGUGUUGUUCCUGAUGUGGUGGUCACAGCCUCGGCUUUAUGUUGGAAGGGGAAUGCAUGAGAGUUCUGUUUCACUGAUCAAGUACACCAUGUUUUGGGUUCUCCUACUAGUGUCAAAAUUAGCAUUCAGUUUUUUCGUAGAGAUUAAGCCACUUGUUGGUCCAACAAAAGCUGUCAUGAAGGCUCGCAUACAUGACUACCAGUGGCAUGAGUUUUUUCCUCAAGCCAAGAGUAAUAUUGGUGUCGUGAUUUCUUUGUGGGCUCCUGUUGUUCUUGUCUAUUUUAUGGAUACUCAGAUUUGGUAUGCCAUCUACUCAACUAUAUUUGGAGGCAUAUAUGGCGCGUUUCGCCGUCUUGGAGAGAUUCGUACAUUAGGAAUGUUGAGGUCUCGAUUCGAAUCAUUACCAGGUGCCUUUAAUGCCUGCUUGAUUCCUCCUGAAAAGGUUGAGACUAUCAAGAAGAGAGGACUGAAUGCUAUUUUCUCUCGUAGAAAUACUGGGAUUACCGAAUCCAACAAAGAGAAGGAGGAAGCAAGGUUUGCACAAAUGUGGAAUAAAAUAAUCACUAGCUUCUGGGAGGAGGAUUUGAUAGAUAAUAGGGAAAUGAAUUUGAUGCUUGUUCCCUAUUGGGCUGAUCGUGACCUAGACCUCAUUCAAUGGCCUCCAUUUUUGCUUGCUAGCAAGAUCCCAAUAGCAUUGGAUAUGGCAAAAGACAGCAAUCGAAAUGACCGUGAACUGAAAAAUAGGUUGGCUUCAGACAAUUAUAUGCACUGUGCAGUUCGUGAGUGCUAUGCUUCUUUUAAAAGUAUCAUCAAUUUUUUGGUUCAAGGAGAUGGGGAAAAACAGGUUAUAGAAGAUAUCUUCGCCAGAGUUGAUGAAUAUAUAGAAAAGGACACCCUGAUACAAGAAUUAAAUAUGAGUGCCCUACCAAUUCUCAAUGAACAAUUUGUGAAGCUAAUUGACUUUUUGAUAAUCAAUAACAAAGAAGACAAGAAUCGUGUUGUCAUCCUCUUGCUUGACAUGCUAGAGGUCGUGACCAGGGACAUACUGGAGGAUGAUAUUCCUAGUUUGAUGGAUUCAAACCAUGGUGGAUCUUAUGGAAAUGAUGAGGGAAUGACACCAAUUGAUCAGCAACAUACGUUUCUCGGCAAACUCGGGUUUCCAGUUCCAGAGACAGAAGAUUGGAAAGAAAGAAUCAGAAGGCUUCAUCUAUUGCUUACUGUGAAGGAGUCUGCUAUGGAUGUUCCAUCUAACUUGGAAGCUAGAAGGCGCAUUUCUUUCUUCUCCAAUUCAUUGUUCAUGGAAAUGCCUAGUGCACCUAAAGUUCGAAAUAUGCUUUCGUUCACUGUCCUAACUCCUUAUUACCGCGAAGAGGUUAAUUACUCUAUAAAUCUUCUGGAAAAGCAAAAUGAUGAUGGUGUUUCUAUCCUUUUUUACUUGCAAAAGAUCUUUCCAGAUGAAUGGAAAAACUUCCUCGAGCGGGUCGGAUGUAACAGCGAGGAAGAACUCCGUGCAAAUGAUGUAUUGGAGGAAGAACUCCGUUUGUGGGCAUCAUAUAGAAGCCAAACAUUAACAAAAACAGUACGAGGAAUGAUGUAUUACCGAAAAGCUUUGGAACUUCAAGCAUUCCUUGAUAUGGCAAAUGAUGAAGAACUAAUGAGGGGCUACAAGGCUGCUGAAUUAAAUAGUGAGGGACCAUCCAAGAGUGAUAACUCAACUUGGCAACAAUGUCAAGCAAUAGCUGACUUGAAAUUUACAUAUGUCGUGUCAUGCCAAGAAUAUGGCAAGCACAAACGUGCAGGUCAUCCUCUUGCCAAAGACAUUUUGAGGCUCAUGACAACAUAUCCAUCACUUCGCGUGGCUUAUAUUGACGAAGUUGAAGAAACUGGAAAAGAUAAAUCCAAAAAGAUGGUUGAGAAGGUUUAUUAUUCAACUCUCGUGAAAGUUGCUCCUCCAACCAAACCUAUUGAUUCUUCCGAGCCAAUUCAAAAUCUAGACCAGGUAAUUUAUCGGAUAAAACUUCCAGGGCCAGCAAUGUUAGGUGAGGGAAAGCCAGAAAAUCAGAACCAUGCCAUUAUUUUCACUCGCGGGGAAGCCUUGCAAACAAUAGACAUGAACCAGGAUAACUACAUGGAAGAAGCCUUCAAAGUGAGGAACUUGCUUCAAGAAUUUCUUAAAAAGCAUGACGGUGUGAGAUAUCCGACAAUUCUUGGGCUUAGGGAGCACAUAUUCACUGGCAGUGUUUCAUCUCUAGCAUGGUUUAUGUCAAAUCAGGAGACUAGUUUUGUGACUAUUGGUCAGAGAUUGUUGGCUAGCCCUUUGAAAGUACGGUUCCAUUAUGGUCACCCGGAUGUUUUUGAUAGACUAUUUCACUUGACGAGAGGGGGUGUCAGCAAAGCUUCUAAAGUCAUCAAUUUAAGCGAGGACAUAUUUGCAGGUUUCAAUUCUACAUUACGUGAAGGCAAUGUUACUCAUCAUGAAUAUAUCCAAGUUGGUAAAGGGAGGGAUGUGGGCCUUAACCAGAUAUCUAUGUUCGAGGCAAAGAUAGCCAAUGGGAAUGGUGAGCAGACAUUGAGUCGCGACAUAUAUAGGCUUGGACAUCGAUUUGAUUUUUUCCGAAUGUUGUCAUGCUACUUCACCACAAUUGGUUUCUAUUUUAGUACUAUGUUAACUGUACUCACUGUCUAUGUGUUUCUAUAUGGCCGCCUAUAUCUCGUUCUCAGUGGACUCGAAAAAGGCUUAAGUACUCAGCGAGCUAUUAGAGACAACAAGGCUCUUCAAGUAGCUCUUGCUUCUCAGUCUUUUGUGCAAAUUGGAUUUUUGAUGGCUUUGCCUAUGAUGAUGGAAAUUGGUCUGGAGAAAGGAUUUCGUAAUGCAUUAAGUGAUUUCAUAUUGAUGCAGUUACAAUUGGCCCCUGUAUUUUUCACAUUUUCUCUUGGAACAAAGACUCACUAUUAUGGAAGGACAUUGCUGCAUGGAGGUUCAGCAUACAGAGCUACUGGCCGUGGCUUCGUAGUGUUCCAUGCUAAGUUUGCUGAUAACUACAGGUUGUAUUCUCGCAGCCAUUUCGUCAAAGGGAUUGAAUUGAUGAUUCUGCUUCUUGUAUUCCAUAUAUUUGGGCGUUCAUACAGAGGUGUAGUUGCAUAUGUUUUAAUCACUAUAUCAAUGUGGUUCAUGGUGGGGACAUGGCUUUUUGCUCCUUUCCUUUUCAAUCCAUCAGGGUUUGAGUGGCAAAAGAUUCUUGAUGACUAUACAGAUUGGAAUAAGUGGAUAAAUAACCGUGGAGGGAUUGGUGUUCAUCCAGAUAAAAGUUGGGAAUCCUGGUGGGAAAAGGAGCAGGAGCAUCUCCGCUUUUCUGGGAAGCGAGGCAUCAUUGUGGAGAUACUGUUGUCACUGCGCUUUUUCAUCUUUCAGUAUGGCCUUGUGUACCAUCUCAGUAUUGUUGACAAGACCAAAAGUUUUCUGGUUUAUGGUGUUUCAUGGAUUGUGAUCAUUCUAGUAUUGUUUUUAAUGAAGGCUGUAGCUGUAGGAAGAAGACAGCUCAGUGCAAACUUCCAACUCUUGUUUCGGCUCAUUAAGGGUCUCAUAUUCAUAACUUUUAUUUCCGUAUUCAUCACCUUGAUAGCACUCCCUCACAUGACAAUACGGGAUGUUAUAGUCUGCAUUCUUGCAUUCUUGCCUUCUGGAUGGGGACUGCUGCUGAUUGCACAGGCCUGCAAGCCACUUAUACAGCACGCUGGCUUUUGGGGAUCGGUCCGGACACUUGCUCGUGGUUAUGAAAUAGUCAUGGGUUUGCUUCUAUUCACACCCGUUGCAUUCUUGGCUUGGUUCCCAUUUGUUUCCGAGUUCCAAACUCGAAUGCUGUUCAACCAAGCUUUCAGUCGAGGUCUUCAGAUCUCCCGUAUUCUUGGUGGGCCGAGAAAAGACCGCACUUCUAGAAACAAGGAGUAAUGCAUCUCUAAGAUCUCAUCAGCGGACGUGUAUCUACAUCUCCAUACUACUUGCAUGAUCACAUCUAAGAGAAAAUAUGCUACAUUUCAAAUAGGUCUUGUCUAGAAUUUCUACUGUAGAUCAGAAAUGGUUGUUAAAUAUUAACACGCAGUAUGUAUCAGUGUGGCUAGAUACCAAGACAGUACAGAAUUAUGCCUAAUAGUGUUUUGUGUCUUGUUCGUAGGGUCUUUUGGAGCUGAUAGAGCUUUCAUGAGUUGUAAAAGUGUUAUAUUUGUUCUGUCAAAAGUUGUAAAUCCUACCACGAAGAUUAUUGAAACAUAAUGUGAAUUGCAUUUGUUAAAUUUCGUUACCAAA